AUGAACGACUUUCAUGAUUUCAGUCAUGACUGGCAAAUGGAUGAUGAAAUGGCGGAUAGGGAUCUCUCUUCACAGCCUAGAUUUGCAAUGGCACUCAUGUCAACAGAUUCCAAUUAUCAUAUGUCGCCGAUGAAUCAUUCUAGGAUGACGAUGGAUGGGGAAGAAAAUGAUGAUAGCAAAGACGGUGCUGAGGGUUUAGAUGAGGAAGAAGAGCGGAAAGCUCCGAAACGAAAAAGAGAAAAGAAUCAAUCCUCAUCGAUUCAAUGUCAAAACAUAGAUGAAACGAGUCGAGUACAGUGCAAACAGCGAGCCAUAAUCAGUUAUCAAUAUUGCAUUCGACAUAUUCUACUUGAUCCAAGUGCUCCAUAUAAGCAAUGUUUACAUCAAAGAAAGCCAAAAAGCAAGAGAGACACAAAUCUUCAGUGCACAAAUGCGGUGAAAAAUGGUGAUGAUGUAUUUUGCAGUACACAUAUGAUUAUGAAAGGACUUAAGGAACCGAAAAAGAAACCAGGAGGCAGUGGAAAGACUAAUAGCUCCGGUGGAACUCCAUCAUUAACACAUGAUUCAGCUGAUGUUUCAAUGGAGGGACAAGCCCCAUUCUCGCCUCAACUCUCAUCGCCACCGGUUGGUAUGAUGGGGCCAGGCUCGGCUCCUCCACCAUCCCUUCCGCUCACCUCUCCACUCCCAUCACAACCAAACACCGCACCCCCAUCUCCACACAUUCAUCCCCAUCAUCAUCCACAAAUGAUUGGCCCCUAUGGAGCGCAGUCACAUAUGCAUCAACAACACCCAUCAACAAGUUUGGCUCAAAUGCUGCCACCGCCUGGAGUUUAUGGACAUUCCCAUGGCCCACAUGGACACUCACAUCAACAACAGCAUCCCGGUCAUCCUGGUCAACACUCCGGACACAUGCAACAGCAUCUUCACGGCUAUCCUCCACCAGGUUCUCUACCUAGAUCUCCAAUGCAUGCACCACCGCAAAUGCAGCUUCCACCUUCUCGCAAUCCUCACUUGCCACCACCAAUCAUGCAUCCACCACCACAUGGACCCAUGCAGAUGCAACAUGUGCCCAUUGAAAAUCAGCAAUCAAAUCAACAUCCAAUUCCCACUCAAACGAUGAGAGAGCCACAACAACAGCAAAUUCAAUCUGGCCCUCCUGUGCACAGACCACCACCACCCUCUCCAUUGGCUCAAGGAAAUAUUACCACUUUUCCACCGCAGAAUGUCCCACAAAUGGCGCCUCCACCACCCGCUCAACAUCCAUCUCCAGCCAAAGCGCCACCACCUACGCACACGAUUGAAACCCGUGUAUUGCCAACAGCGGUUAUUGAGACGAGAGCUUUGCCAUCUGUGCCUCCUUCUGUUCAUCAUAUGCCUCUUCAAUCUCCACAACAAAUGAAUCAACCAUCUCAACAACUGCCAGUUCAACAUCAACAGCAGCCACAAAUGCAACAAACGGCUCAACAACAGCAAAUCCAUCAGCAAACUCAACAGCAGCCACAAGCAACAGCCGCUCGUCCCUCUCCACCGCCAUCGGGACUUCCUGUUCGUGUCAGGCAACAACCCCAAGCACAGCCUCCUCAACAACAACAAGCCCAACCUCAACAAGGCUCAAUAUCUCGUCAGCAUCCUCAAUUGGCUGCCAGAUUGUUGGGAAAUUCAGAAGAAAGCGGAAAGGGACAACCACCGCCACCGCAACCACCACAAACAAUUCAUCCGGCUGUCAUUCAAGAAAUGCGAAAUGAUCAGGCUAGAGGUAUGCCUUUGCCUGUUCACGCUCCACCAAUGAGACCUCCAUCACCGGACGUUGAGCCAGCUCCUCAGACGGACGGUCGUCAGAAAAUGAUUCACUUGAAACAAAAGCGACAGAAGCCGAAAAUGAUUGGCGAGUAUCGGAAGGUUCCCCACGUUGAUCACAUGUGUCGCCAAAUGGAGGAUGCCGACUUUGACAGCACUGAUCUUUUCCCACUUGGCUUGGAACCCUCAGAUGAUGAAUGGGAGCCAGGGCCGUCAGGAUGUGAUACAUCGUUGUCUUCUUGUCUUGCAGUAGGAGAUGAUGCUGAUGUGUCCACACAGCUCUACCUGACAAAGAAACAAUUGAGACUCGAGAGGCACAAUCUCAUUCGACAUGCUCACCUCAAUGUCCCACUCUUGCAUGUCGCAAGAAGAUUCCCGACUGCAGCCGGAGCCGCUUUGAGACAUCGUUUAAUGGGUGAACCUCCGUGUGACUCAGCUCCUCGCAAACAAAGAGUCUGCUCACACCACGAUCAAUCAAAUGGACGAUGUCGUUUGCCUUGUAUUCCGAUGUCCAAUCAUUGUGCUCAACACGUUCUUUACAACGUGGACCAGCGUCUUUUCUCAUAUUGCCGGGAAAAUGGUUGUGGACGAGCGGUGAUGAAUAUUGAUUCGCAAUUGUGGGAAGGAAUGUGUCGAAUGCACAGAAAGGGAACCCAACCGAUACCCGGAGAUGAUGCGCUCCCACAACGUAGCGCUCCAAUAAUGAGUUCAGCUCAGCGAGGGAACGACAAAAGACGUCCACAAAUGGAUGAUGAGGCUUGGGGGGAUAUUGCCGAUUUUCUUCUCGCUGAAGGCUACCAUGUCGACUCUCCUCAAUCACAAAGCACUCCAGCUCAAUCGAGUCAACUUUCGCAAAGCAGU